GCCAACAGGACGCGAUAGAUCGAUUAAGAUCGUAUAAGCCACCACCGACCAAUUAUGAGAUGGUCCCAUUGUCACGACGAGCGGCGGUUUUGCUGCUGCUCUAUGCGGAUCCUAAGGGAGAUCUCCGGGUAGUUCUUACUAUGCGGGCAAAGACUCUGAGUUCGUACGCUGGCCAAGCCGCGCUACCUGGUGGCAGGGCCGACUCACUAAAAGAAACCCCAUUUCAAACAGCGCGACGCGAGGCGCACGAAGAGAUCGGUCUGCCAGACAAUGACCAAUCGCUCCCUCAGCCCUUUGUCGUGGAGCAUCUCUGCGAAUUGCCGGCUAAUCUUGCGAGAACGGAGCUUGUGGUCCGCCCAUGUGUAGCACUACUUCACUCAUAUGAUGAGAAGACCGGCCAGAAUGCCGACCCUGAAGUGACAUUGAUCCCGAAAUUGGACGCCAGGGAAGUUGCGGCGGUAUUCACGGCGCCAUUUCACAAUUUCUUACGCAUGGGCGAUGAGGGUAACUGGGGUGGAAGUCCAUCCGAUUGGUAUCAAGGUGCUUGGACGGAGUGGCACCAGUCCAAUUGGCGCAUGCACCAAUUCUUCGUCCCUGUUCGGCCUCAGUCGGUGGUCAAGCCUCGCACUGCCAACCGACGACAGAAAGAUGCUGCUAAUGCUCUGGAAGAGAAAGGAAAGCCUGGUGUGCUGACACGUUAUCGGGUUUUUGGAAUGACGGCUCGAAUGCUGGUGGAUGUUGCGCGGGUCGCAUACGCAGAAGAGCCGGAGUUCGAACAUAAUAGCCACUUUGGCGAUGAGCGUCUUAUCGCCCAGUUGCGGAAAAUGGGACGGCUAAGUCCUCUCCGAAAGUCUGGGGAUAUUCUUACACGAGAGGAUAUGGAGAAAGCUGCCAAGCUCAGCUAAACUAGGCGAUAUAUCCGUAUGUUGCAUGUACCUACGAUGUGGAUGAAUUAAUACAGAGAGGUGCUCACACACUUGGGGAAACAUCUUAAGAUUACGAUCAAUGAAAGCAUCGCCUCUUUCAGAAAGAGCAUGGAACUCAUGUUGUACAGAUGCCCCUUCCAUAUUGAGGCACAGAUACUAUAUAUUCCGGGGAAAUGUUCGAUCAGACCACGAACAUAAAUCUUCUAUCAUCCACCACCGCCUCCUAAAUACUACCGUAUCCUCUACCAUUAGAUCCAUUAUACUUAGGAACAAAUUCGAUCGCUCCAUACACAUCGUUUUGCUCAGCAAGCGUCCAGAUGCCACUCAGGAGAACCAUCCACAGCUUCCCGCUGAAGGUUCGCUAUGACAUUUUUAUACUCGCUAUGACACCACCUCAUGCCGAAUGGCUCGACCAUCCAAUUAUCUACUUAAAAUAUGACCGGGUGACAAAGGUCGUCUGGAGGGACUUGGACCCAACUUAU